GUUCCGUAAUUUUAUUAGUUCCUUUAUGGCUAUGAUGGUUUCCCAAAAGGGAAGUCCGGGCACGAAACCAGCACGGGUCAUUACGAAUAUGAUGCCCGAAUCUGAUACUUUGGUUAUUUUACUGGGAUGGGCUGGUUGUCAUGACCGUUAUUUGAAGAAGUAUGCUGACUAUUAUGAAAAGGCAAGCAUCUCCACAAUCCGCUUUACCACACCAAUCCGUAAAGUGCGCGGCUACCAAUCCUAUCAUCACUUUGCGAAAAAAUUCUACCGAGAAGUCUUCGAAAGAGACGACUUGACUAUUCCUCCUUACGUGUACUUCCAUUGCUUUUCUAUGAACGGCUGUUCUACGUUCACUGCUUUAUGGGAUCUACUCGACAGUCGCAAAGACGGAGAUGAAUUCAAGCAACGUGUUCAGGGAUUGCUGUUUGACAGUUCACCAGCCUUCACGACUCCUGCUCAGAAUGCCCAUGCGAUCUCUUUUGCUUCGAUGCCUCCUCAGCGAUGUCAUGCUAUAUUUAGAGAAAGUUAUCGGGCCCUGCUCUAUGCCUACUUUUCCAUACAUAACGGGUUAAUAUGGAUAUGGUCUUUUAUGGAGAAUGAUAUCUAUGAGAAAUGUUACGCUUACUAUCGAAUGCUGUCGCAAAAGGACCUACCAAAGAGACAAAUUUUCUUUUAUGGACCGUCCGAUGAUGUUUGUUCCGUGGAAUCAAUCGAAGCGUUCGCGGCCUCCCAAGAACAGCAAGGAGUGACGACGUACAUGAACACCUGGAAGGAUUCACUGCACUGUCAGCACUACCGGGUGCACAGCGAGGAGUACGAGAAGUGCUGUCUUGACUUCGUAAGGAACCACCACGACUCCACCGACCACAAUGCGAAUCAGCCGCUCCUUAUCGAGUCUUCCAACUGAAUCUGAGCUUGCGUCCUAGAAUGACGGUGUAUCACGAGUUAUUUAUGUAUAGACCUUGUAACUCUUUGUAUUGACAUUUAGUGACUUAGAAGACCUUAGUUCGCUCGAAAAUUCCAAUUAGCAGCGAGCGGACUUAUCACUCCUUAUCUCCUUACGUCUUCUUUGUCGUUUUCGUAGUCACUACGCUACUAAUGCUCUCGUUUUCUAGAAGUCUAGAAACUCUGCGCUUUGACCCUAAAAUUCCAUCUCAUCUCUCGCAUAAGCCCAUCAUCUGGCAUUGAUUUCCGGUCACACUUACGGUUAGGCAUGAAACGUCCGUGUUGUAUUCUUGUGCGUGUGUGUGUAUCACCAUAGUAUAUGUGUUUGCAGUAAAGAAGUUCAUGUCGCA